ACAAUUCACUGGCUAAAAUAAACACAUUCAACUUUAUCACCACAUUAAGUUAUAUAAUUUAAUUUUAUGAGCACAUGUGCUCACAAGUACGUAUGAGCUUAGUUAAACCAUGUUUGGUUUCUGACAAAACUUUCCCAAAGGCAAGGCUUUGAAGAUAGAAGAAUAGUGAAUCUCAAGAUGAUAGCUAACAAUAUAACUGUAGUGGAGUGUACGAACCUGGUGGACAACUACAGCACGGGCUACCCUCAUGGAUCUAGAACACUGAACGUCACACUACAGGCUCUGUACGGCUGUGAAGACGAGGACUACGAUUGGCCGCUCACCACCAUGUCGCCGCGGCGGCGCCCGGUCCGGCUGCAGAUGUCCUGGUUCCUGCAGAUCGCUUGGUCUCUUCUCUUCGCCUUCAUGUUGGUAGUAGCUAUCGGGGGCAACAUCAUCGUCAUAUGGAUUGUUAUUGCUCACCGCAGGAUGAGGACCGUUACCAAUUACUUCCUGUUGAAUCUUUCCAUCGCCGACCUUAUGAUGUCCGUUUUCAACUGCAUCUUUAACUUUGUGUACAUGCUCAAUAAUGACUGGCAGUUCGGACGGUCUUACUGCACUGUAAGCAACUACGUGGCCAACGUCACAGUAGCAGCGAGCGUGUUUACCCUCACAGGAAUCUCUGUUGACAGGUUCCUAGCCAUCAACAGACCACUAAAGCCUCGCAUGUCCAAGACCAUAGCCCAGAUGACAAUCAUUACCAUAUGGUUCACUAGUCUGGUUCUAGGGUCACCUUGCUUGCUUUACUCUACUACUAUAACUUAUAAAGGAUCUGGCCAGACUGCGUGUAUUCUUGUAUGGCCCGAUGGGCAGCCCACAGUCUCAACAAUGGACUACGUGUAUAACCUUAUCCUGUUCCUGGUGACAUAUGUAGUCCCUAUGACGGCGAUGGUCUGCUGCUACACGGCCAUGGGCAGGGAGUUGUGGGGUAGUCGAUCCAUCGGAGAGCUCACUCAAAGGCAGCUUGAGUCCAUCAAGUCCAAAAGGAAGGUGGUGCGGAUGUUUAUAGUGAUAGUCACAAUAUUCGGCGUGUGCUGGCUCCCAUAUCACUGUUACUUCCUGUACGCUCACUAUCACAGAGACAUCGGGUACUCCAAGUAUGUCCAACACAUAUACCUCACUUUCUACUGGCUCGCCAUGUCCAACGCCAUGGUCAACCCACUCAUAUACUACUGGAUGAAUGCCAGGUUCCGGCAAUAUUUCCGGACGGCAGUGUGUGAGUGGCGCUGUUUGAGGCGACAAGAGGUGCAGAGUGACAUCGCUGACACUCCUCCCAUGAUCAGGCGCUGUUCCCACUCCUACUCACACUCCAGAUCAGGUACUGGGGACGAUUACUCAUUAAAUGAUAAGGCCAAACAGCAGCGAUUGGCCUUGAAACCAGAGAAUAAACAGUGUUUCUGUCCAAUGGGUACCCACUUGCGUCAUCAGUGCCGACAUCAACUGGUGCACAAGGGUGUGGCUGUGACUUGGAGACACCAACCUGUAACGUACACACAAGUCAAUAACCGGGCCGUCAUGUCCUCCCAAGUCUGAGGCUGCGAUUCUUCUGCAAGAACUGUUAUAUCACAGUCAUCAGUGCCGACAUCAACUGGUGCACAAGGGUGUGGCUGUGACUUGGAGACACCAACCUGUAACGUACACACAAGUCAAUAACCGGGCCGUCAUGUCCUCCCAAGUCUGAGGCUGCGAUUCUUCUGCAAGAACUGUUAUAUCACAGUCAUCAGUGCCGACAUCAACUGGUGCACAAGGGUGUGGCUGUGACUUGGAGACACCAACCUGUAACGUACACACAAGUCAAUAACCGGGCCGUCAUGUCCUCCCAAGUCUGAGGCUGCGAUUCUUCUGCAAGAACUGUUAUAUCACAGUCAUCAGUGCCGACAUCAACUGGUGCACAAGGGUGUGGCUGUGACUUGGAGACACCAACCUGUAACGUACACACAAGUCAAUAACCGGGCCGUCAUGUCCUCCCAAGUCUGAGGCUGCGAUUCUUCUGCAAGAACUGUUAUAUCACAGUCACCAGUGCCGACAUCAACUGGUACACAAGGGUUUGGUUGUGACUUGAAGACAACGCCCAUUAUUGUACACACUAUAUGUAAGUAGAAGGCUGAGAUUCUAAUAGAAGAACGGUGUAUCGCGGUUUUAAUGCUACAGUUUUAAGAUGCGUUUUUUUAACUAGAUGUAUGGAAUAACUAUUUUGUACGUGUAUUAACUUCGGAAUAACUUCUGGUACAUUUUCACAACAAAUGUGCCCUAACUGUGUUAAGUUUAUUAUUUACUAAUUAUUUUUGUAACUUGAUGGUUUCACGCAUACUUGAGUGUAUGAAUGAGCAAAAUAAGCAUUUUUAUUCAAGAAUAUUAGUUUUUAUGAUAAAAUAUACGUUGCUUGGAUUAGUUGGUGUCAUAUUUGAAUUUUUAGACAUGUACAUAUUAUUUCAAUCUCAUUUGUAUAAGUAUGUCUGGCUGUGAAAUUUUCUUCAAGGUUAAAAGAAAUACCAUAAUAAUAACAUUUCAUAUAUAUAUACAUAUAUAUAUAUAUAUAUUUCUUUUAUUUUAAAAUAGUUAAAUGAGUUUAUUUGAAAUAUUUUGUAUUUGUAAAUUUAUACAAUCAUAUACGAUAUGAUGCUAAAUUCUGAAAAGGCAAUAUUGACAGCCAAUUAUAUUUCAACACAUGUUUGAAACGCAAAAUGUACUUUAGAAAGAAUACGAUGACCAGUAUAACUUAAGAGAUAACUAAGUGAUAAUUUAUCUACUUCUUAAUUUUUUUUAUUACACAUCGAAUUUAAUGUUAUUAAUGAGUAAACAUGUAAGUUUAGUACAGCAAUUUAUGAGCUUUUAAUGUGAUUUAUUGUGUCAUUUAAAGAAUAAAGGUGCAUCCACACUGGACUAAAAUUGUUUGCCGAACACAGUCAGUGAACAUUUUUUGGGGUUGGGUAAAUGUGGACGCUUCGGCAAACAUUCUUGGGGGUAGCGCGCCAACAUUUUUUUUUUCGGGCAAAAUUUCGCCCUAUGAGAGAACUGUUGAGUUCGUGAAUCUGUUUUCUUUUUGUUUUUUUUAGUUCUAUGCACACCAUGUUUCAAUAUUGACCAAUAUUAGUUUUCUGAAAAAGCAAAACUCAAACCCUCUUUUAAUAUAAUAUUUUAUUUAAACAUUUUUUAUUUUUAGCGUAUAUGAACAGCAUAUUUUACUAAAGAAUCCAUUGGGAAAAGUUAUAAAAUGAUAAAAGGCGAAAAAAGUUUAAAAACAAUAGGUACAGACAUUCAUACAUUGAAGAAUAAAAUUUAUAGUUUAUUAGUACAUAACAGGCGAGAGAAAUAACAUAUUGAGUCGAGGCACGCAUGGGAAUAGACAAACAUAAAAACUCUCCGGUGGGGUUUUAAUUAUUUCGCAUUUUAAGUGAUAAAUAUGCACAAGACCUAUAAUUCUUACAGUAAAAUAUCGUUAUAGGAAAUUAAUAUAGGUGUAAAUAGGGAAACAAAAUUUGUCUGUUUCCGAAAUUUUGGAAAUUUGUAUACUUCUAAAAUUUUAGGACCUAUUAAUGUUAUUAGAAUGCUAGCAAUUCAAAAUCCACAUACGAGUAAAGUUGGAAAACUAGCAAUGAUCUUUUAAGCCCGCUCUGAAAUCUUCACAGCCGUUGAUGGCUCAUGACUGAAGCGAUUAAAUGACGACUCGCACUAACAUUAAUUUUCAAGCACUAAAAAUGUAGCAAACAAUGAACUCAUAACAACACUAGCAAACAAUUUUUGCAAAACAUAUUUAGUUUGGCGAAAAUGUUCAUCGCGAUUGUUUGCCCAGUGUAGUAGACGCAGCCUUAUUCAAUUCCAGUCUUCAUAUCCAAUUUACUUUGCAAUACGAGAAUUAUUAUAAUGAUGUAGUUUUAAAAUCACUAGCUUAAAUUAUCUAGUAAUUGUAUAGCACAAAGGAUUCACAACAUAUUGCGUUUUAAUUCGUAUUAAAAUUACAUUGAUAUAAAUUAAAGCAACUUAUCAUUCAGAAUGUAUUCUGGAUAUUUAAGAUUCUAAUAUUGCAGAAAUAUGUAGGAAAGUUAAAUUAUAUUUUUAUGUGAUCAACAUAUUGCGUUUUAAUUCGUAUUAAAAUUACAUUGAUAUAAAUUAAAGCAACUUAUCAUUCAGAAUGUAUUCUGGAUAUUUAAGAUUCUAAUAUUGCAGAAAUAUGUAGGAAAGUUAAAUUAUAUUUUUAUGUGAUCAACAUAUUGCGUUUUA